AUGAGCGCGUCCCCAGAGCGGAAGCGCGAGCGUGAGCGUGAGGCUGCGCUCGCGCGUGAGCGUGAGGCGUACAUUCUGCGGCUGCAGGACCGGCUCUCAUUGGCUGAGGCCAAGGCCGCCCGUGUGACUGCACAUGCCGAGAAGGAGUCACAAGCGCUCAAGGCACGCGUGGCCGAGCUGGAGGCCCGGCUCGACGAGCGGCAGUAUGCGCAGCGGCUGGAGGUCCGCCGGCUGGUUUCCGAGCGUAUGGCCGAAGUCACCGCCGCAUUCGAGGCCGAGCGGGUCGGCGGUGCUGUCGAGGGUCGGCUGCGCGAGGCCAAUGUCCGGCUACGCCGCAAGGUCCGCGAGCUGGAAAACGCCAUCGAGGUCCAGAGCAAGCACAUCGUCGAGCUGACUCGCGAGCGUGACGACGCCACCAAGCGCAUCUCCCGCACUCUUGUCGGUUAUGACAUGACCUUUGGCACCUACACCACCUUCACUACUCUGCCGGAGCUUCCUGUCGGGGGCGGGCAGAACGGCUCAAGCCCCGACCUUGCCGCCAGCCCCGCCCAUCCGUUGGCCUCCGACUCGUCGAGUGGCAAUGCUGCCGCAAUAAGCUCGUCUGAUGUUGUCCGCCGACGCCAUCCGUCGUCGAGCCCUUCACGCUCGCCGGUCCGCGGCCGACUUCGGCCUCAUCCGCGGAGCCUGCCGUCCGUCCACGACAACGCCCACUCUCCGCAACACAAUCCCAACGACUCGUUCGAGUUUUGA